AUGGCGGAAACAGCAACUCUCCCAGCCACGAUUCCCGUUGAGGAUGGAGGAGAUACCACCUCUAUGGCGCUUUCAACCGUCAACCACGAAGUGGCCGCACCGGCAGAGCGGAAAGUCAAGAAGAUCAUCCGCAGGAAAAAGCGACCUGCGCGCCCUCAAGUUGACCCAUCCACCUUCAAAUCCGAACCACCUCCUCAGACUGGCACGAUCUUCAAUAUUUGGUAUAAUAAAUGGUCAGGUGGAGAUCGUGAAGACAAAUACCUUUCCAAGACUGCUGCUGCGGGACGGUGCAAUAUCGUACUGGACACUGGAUACACCAAGGCCGACAAAGUUACGGGGAGUUACUUCUGCUUGUUCUUCGCGCGGGGAAUAUGUCCCAAGGGUCAAGAGUGCGAAUACCUCCAUAGACUGCCCGGGAUUCACGACAUGUUCAAUCCUAACGUAGAUGUAUUUGGAAGAGAUAAGCAUUCGGAUUACAGAGAUGACAUGGGAGGUGUUGGAAGCUUCAUGAGACAAAACCGCACAAUCUACGUUGGUAGGAUACAUGUCAGCGAUGACAUCGAGGAAGUUGUAGCACGACAUUUUGCAGAAUGGGGUCAAGUUGAAAGAAUACGGGUAUUAAAUACUAGGGGUGUCGCUUUCAUCACCUAUUCGAACGAGGCAAAUGCGCAGUUUGCAAAAGAAGCCAUGGCACAUCAGUCAUUGGACCAUAGCGAGAUCCUCAAUGUUCGAUGGGCCACCGCAGAUCCAAACCCAAUGGCGCAAGCACGGGAGGUUAGGAGAAUCGAAGAGCAGGCCGCAGAAGCAGUACGGAGGGCCUUACCCGACGAGUUCGUCGCCGAGAUUGAAGGUCGGGACCCUGAAGCGCGAAAACGGAAGAAGAUCGAGGGGGAAUUUGGUUUAGCGGGAUAUGAGGCUCCUGAUGAUAUCUACUUUGCAAGGGGGGCGAACGCAGUGAACCCGAUUGGCAGACAGGGCAUGGAGCUAGAGGAGGAGCAAAGGCUAAUGAUCGAGGCCGACCAAGUGGAGCAAGCAGAGGCGGAGGAGAGUGGGAUCUUUUCGAGCAGCACCUCGCUGCGUUACAGAGCGCUCAAGGAGCCAUUGGAUCAAAGCCGAAGGCCAAAGCAGCUUCGGGACCUUUGGUUGCUUAUGACAGUGAUAGUGAUUAACCUUGGCAUGGACUUCACAACGGCUUGCGAGCCCCAAAUAAGAGAAUGUACUUGUAUACCAAUGUUUACGGAAAGUGUA